AGUAGGUCAAGGGAUGUUUUCCAUUUACCAUGCAGUAGUUGAAGAAAGUUAGUUUCAUUACUACAUCACAGAAAUGCCACAAGCAACUGUAACAGUAAGAGAGUUAAAGAACAAAGACAUGGGCCUCGACCUGAGUGUUCCAACGCACAAAGUCAUCCCCGGUUUAAUACGAAGCACGGUAGAGUACCAUGUGGUUGUGGUGUCGGAGCUGCAUUUUUUCAAGUCUCCGAAACACCGAGAGACAGAUGUUGUCCAGUACAUGAAACCAAAGCCGAAGCCAAAACCAGAUAUAGCAACCAAACCAGCCUUAACAACCAAACCAGCAAUAGCAACCAAACCAGCAGUAGCAACCAAACCAGCCAUAGCAUCCAAACCAUCUGUGGCCAAGAAUACAAAGCCAGUUUUACCGGCAAAGCCAAAGCCAGGAGCAGAUUCAAAGCCACAGUUGUCAGCUUCCAAAGAGGAGGAUUUAUUUUCUGCUCCGGAUGUGUCUUCAGAUAUGGGUACAGAUGACAUUAUGAAGUACAUUGAAAGCCAGGCAUCUCAAUCUGAAGCUGAUUUGGACUUGUUUUCAUAAUAUAAAAAAAAAAAA